UCUCUCAAAUAAAUAAAUAAAAUCUUUAAAAAAAAUAAUGGUUGACCAUCCAUAUAAUCCUUUCCCUAGGAAAGUGGUAGACUUCCUCAGCCGUAGUUAUUGGAGUGGAAGUUGCAUUUACCCUGAAGGGCAGUUAGCCUUGUUUAAAAAAAAACAAAAAACAAAAAACAACUAUUCGUCUAUCUAUCUAUUUAUCUACCAUCCAUUUAUCUAUCGAUUGGUCUGUAUAUCUGUCUAGCUGAAAUUUGUAAAUAAAGCCAAAAGAUCCCAGCAUGCCCAUUCUGUUUUUUCCCUAGUGCAGAAUUUUAUUUUACUUUUUUUUCAGCUUUAUUGAGAUAUAAUUGACAAAAAGAAUUGUAAGAUACUUGAAGUGUACAUUGUGAUGAUUUCAUACUUGCAUAUCUUUUCAGUGUCAUACUAGAAUACUGAGUAACAAGCCCACCUAAGUGUUGACUAUUUAGGGCAGGGGUCAGCAAACAUAUCCUAUAAAAAGCCAGGUAACAGUCCUCUUCUGGGGACGGCGUCCAUAAGCAUUCAGAAUGGUCCAGCGUUUGACCUACAGUCGUAGGCUGUCCUAUAAUACAGCCUCUAACAAAACUAGGCUGUUCCGAACCCCUGGUAAUAGAAUCGUUUACCUUUAUACCCAGAAGGUUGGGAAAGCACCAAAAUCUGCACGUGGCGUGUGCCCAGGCCGACUUCGAGGAGUUUGUGCUGUGAGACCUAAAGUCCUUAUGAGGUUGUCCAAAACGAAAAAACACGUCAGCAGGGCCUAUGGUGGUUCCAUAUGUGCUAAGUGUGUUCGUGACAGGAUCAAGCAUGCUUUCCUUAUUGAGGAGCAGAAAAUCGUUGUGAAAGUGUUAAAGGCCCAAGCACAGAGUCAGAAAGAUAAAUUAAAAAAUGAAGGCUUUUUGAAUAAUAAAAAAAAUCAGAAGGCUUAAAAAAAACACAAAAACCAGAUAACAAAUAUUUUAGGCUCUUCAAGCCGUAUUUUCUCUCUCACAAUUAAUCAACUUUGCCACAGAUAGUAGGAAAACAAAUGUGUGUCACUAUAUUCCAAUAAAACUUUAUUUACAGAAACAUGAGGCAGACCGGAAUGGCCCAUACGCCUUAGUUUGCUGAUCCCCUGCUCUAGGGGAAUGUAAUUUUGUUUACUAUUUACUAAUAACAGACAAGGAACAAAUUGUUUUUGUCUGGUAGAGAUGCAAAUGAUUUAUGUGCAAUAGAAAGAUAACCCAGUGGUUAUGCUUUUAUUGCCUUGUAGGACACUAGCUAGUUUAGAAUCUGAUUUAGCAAACUUCAUGCAGCAAUCCCCCUCCUGUAUGUAUUGAUUUCUGUAUCCAGCUUUGUCAUCCUGCUGGUUCUCUCACUG